GUUUAAAGAAUUGGUAUAGAUUUUAGUUGUGGGGCCAUAUAGGUUUAUACUAGUGAAUUAAAAAUUACUCUAAUUAAUUAAAUGUUCCGAUAAUGUUAAAUUUGCUUAUAAUAUUAAAAUAAAAUUAUUAAGUUAAAGAAAUCAAAGGUGGAUAUCUAAAAUAUUUCUGCAGUAGUUAAAUAUCUGGUUUCCAGAUAUUUAGUCCCCAUAGGUACCUUAGUAGUCUUAGAUACCAUAACUGUAUUGAUUAAUGGACUAAAAAACAAAAUGGCUUACUACAAACAUUUAUUAUUUCCUACACGAAAUAAAUGAAAUGAGGACAAAUAUUUUUAAGUAAUGUGAACAUUCCUGUUUGGAGUAAUGAAUCUUCUGAUAAUAGUGUAUUUACUGCAAAUAGCAGUUUCCCCGUCGUUGCAAGUAUGUUCGAGUGUUCCGGAUGCCUUAGAUGGUGUCUGGACCAGCACAAGUUUAGAAACAAUCACUAUAUCGUCAUCUGCAAAGACUCUUUCCAUGACGAAAACGUUUCACUCUUCGCUGUCAGGUAGCAACUUUGAAUGUGUUUUGAAUUCUGGCACACAAUACGUCUUUAAGAUGAACGAGACGGUGCCAAUCUUAAGUGGAACUCUCCAGGUCUACCCGUACGGUUGUUUUGACUUCAGGCAAGCCGGCACAUACUCGUAUUAUUUCUAUCUUAAUUCAGCUGAAGAAAUAACGUUAGGUGAUUUAAGAUUCAAGGCAGUAUUGUCAGGAAGUGUUGACACUAUCACCUCUCUCACAGAUAUAUGUGAUUCUUCUACAGUGGAUACAGCAGAGUUUUAUACUAUGAUAAAAUCAGGUUCUGAGUCCGAAGCUAUAUCAGCGGUGCAGUGCCCUGACAAUAUCCUAGGUUUAUUCCAGUACACGUACACUGAUCAGACCGGCACGUACUGUGAAUCUGUGAACACUUCCACUGUUAUAGCAUGCAGUAACCAGAGCUAUGCUGAAUUAGAAAUUGACAAUACAGGAUGUACUACAAAGGAACCUUUUUAUUCCGCUGGUGGACAAGUAGGGUGUAUUGCAAAUGUAUACAAGUCUAGUACUGAUACAUAUUAUACCUCGUACUACAACAGGGAUACGUCUUUAUCAACAACUUCCUAUCAGUUCACAUGUGUGGCUAUGCAGAAGACUUCAAAUGGAACUGUGUUCUUGAGUUUGAUGCCGACAGACUGUGUGUCCGGGCAAUCCGCUACUGUUCUGCCGUCUAAAGGGACACUCCAAGGUGCCACUAUGGUGUUGGAACCAACAUAUACAUGUAAAGAGAAAUAUUUUGCACACUUGCAGUGAGAUUUGAUGAUGCACAUGGAUAUAUAUGAA